UGUCUGAUACUAAGGUUGCCUUCAAACUGUAAAUUUUAAUUCCAACUCUUAAGUCUAAGCUAAACAAUUACUAAAACUUACCUUACUGCAGCCUUAAGUUAACAAAAACUCCUCCCAAAGCCUUCUUAAACUUGCUGUUGGUUCUGGGUUGCGGAACCUCCUCCUUUCCCUGUUUUUCCUGUGUCUGCUGCCCAAACAUUUGGCGCCGUCUGUGGGAAACUGAACAAGAAGUUGUGUAACUUAACCUGCUGAAAGAAAAAUGGUUCGAACCUUUACAGGAGGUCGCCCCCCAAGGCAUGAGGUGGACGAACAGGAUGACGCUCAAGUAUCUGAGCCCGGAUUGAAUGACUAUAGGCCAAUGCCAAGAAACCUUUUCGUCGGAGGAGCCGAACAGGAUCACCUGAGUGAAACAGAUGACGAAAGAACGCCAACUGGGUAUGCAACCCAGCCUGAACAGUUCCAAGUUCCAACAGGGACAAGACAAAGACCUUCUAGACCACAUAACUCACAGCAUGAACGACCUGAAAGGAGAUGGUAUCACAAACUCCCCAGACAUUCCAUAGACUCGUACUCCCAGCUCGCCAAGCUAUUCUCCAACAAAUUUGCGAGCCAAAGGGAAAUUAAACGUACAGCAACUGAACUAAUGCAGGUUCACCAAAAAGAGGGAGAGUCUUUGAGGGACUACAUGCAACGAUUCAAUAAAGCUACUUUGGACAUUGAUAACGUCCCUGAUACCAUUUGCUUAUCUGCCUUGUUGCAUGGCUUGAAGCCUGGCCGAUUUUUAGACGACCUGUUGGAGAAUCCACCCAAGUCAUGGAAUGAAGUAAAUGACAGGUCGGCGAGCUUCAUAUUGUUCGAAGAUUUUCAAUCUUCUAAGAGACGAGCUGAUGACAGGCACGGAAAAGAACUCAAGCAGCCUGAAAACAGAGAUGACAAGAAGAAACAGAAGGUUGGCGAGCAGAGAGGGAAACCACCCUCUUAUCCAAAAUAUGACAGCUACAUACCCCUGAGCUCGCCACGAUCCCAGAUAUUGUCACAGAUACAGCAUUGGGUCAAGAGACCCCCUCCACAGACGCAUGAUUCUUCACGAGCUGACAGAAGCAAAUACUGUGACUAUCAUCGUGUCUACGGCCAUAACAUAGAAGACUGUCAAAGUCUGAAGGACGAGCUCGAAUUCUUGGCUCGCAAUGGAAAAUUGGAGGGGUAUGUGCAGAAGCCUUUUGUUCGGCAACCCACCCAGACCCAUUUUGUACAAGAGUACGGCCGACCUCAAGCACCUGGGUAUCAGCUCGGUAGCAAUCCAAAUUCUUACCAGACAGCACUGAGAUCGUUCUGCAAUGACUAUGGCAUUGAGCUCUCCUUAACAUCUGUGUACACCCCGCAGUCAAACGGACAGGCCGAGUCUGCCAAUAAAAUCGUUUUGCGAGGCCUCAAGACGCGUGUUAUAGCUGCGCGUUCUAAUUGGGUUGACGAGCUCAAUAAAGUACUUUGGUCAUGUCGCACGACACCCAACUCGGCCACGGGCGAAACUCCGUUCAGCCUGGCAUAUGGAGCUGAGGCCGUCAUCCCUGUCGAAGUUGGUUUGCCAUCUAUUAGAUCAGAUCGUCAAGAUGAUCAGAAUAAUGGGCAACUCCUAAGAGAAAACCUAGACCUAGUGGAGGAAGUCAGGCAAAUGGCUCGAAUUAAGAACAUGGCACACCAAAGCCGUGUGGCAAAGUUUUAUAACAAGAGAGUUCGAGCUCGACAGUUUCAGGUCGGCGAUCUGGUUCUACGCAAAGCUGGAUUAACCAAUGCCUAUUCGCAUAUGGGCAAGCUCGCCCCUAAUUGGGAAGGCCCUUAUAUGGUUAUUAAUAUUAAACGACCUGGGUGUUAUCAACUAGCAGAUUUACAAGGUCGUCCGUUGUCGUUCAUCUGGAACAUACACAAUCUUAGAAAUUUUUAUAGUUAACGUGUAUAUUAUUAGUGCUCAGGUCGUUACUGAUCAUUUGUAAACAGUGACUUAUUGAACAUUCAACAUAGAAAUUUCAGAACAAAAGACUUGAACUUGUAUUUUAUCAAUGAAAUUUUACAAGUGUA